UUUUCAGGUCCAGAAUUUAUUAUUUUGUCUAGUGAACCACCAGUGACCUUACAGCUGCCUGGAUCAAUUGUGACUAAAAAAGGGAAAUCCUAUUUGUCCCAGAGGGAUCUCAAUGUGAUUCUACUCAAUGGGCAGUGCCUUGAGGUGCAAUGUGACAUCAAGUCCAAGGCAAGAGAUGUUUUCAAUACCGUGGUGGCAUAUGCAAACUUGGUGGAACAUUUCUACUUUGGCUUGGCUUACCUAAAAGGUAAAGAAUUCUUCUUUUUGGAUGAGGAGACCAAACUCUACAAAGUGUCCCCAGAUGGCUGGAAUGACCAACCCAAGAAGAAAACCUCCAUCAUUAAUUUAAAAAAAAUAAAAUUCUUUGUCAACCACUUUAAUGUUAUCCAACACGGCUUGACAAGACAUCAGUUUUACCUGCAGCUUCGUAAAGAUAUUUUGGAGGAGCGAUUAUAUUGCAAUGAUGAGACUGCCCUGAAACUCGGCGCUUUGGCUUUACAGGCAGAGCUUGGCAAUUACGCUUCUGAGAUGCACGGAAAGAGCUAUUUUCGUGUUGAAGACUACAUUCCAGCAAGCCGAAUAGAGAAAAUGACCCUGGCGUAUGUGCAGCGAGAGCUUGCUAAAUUACAUCGUAUGAAUCGUUCCUUAUUUGAGGAUGAAGCUGAACUAGAAUUUUUAAAGGUGACACAGCAACUUCCUGAAUAUGGAGUGUUGUUCUACCGUGUGUCUCAAGAGAAGAAAGGAGCAGGAGGGGACAUCAUCCUGGGAAUCUGUGCCAAAGGCAUCAUUGUGUAUGAGGUCAAAAAUCACACAAGAAUUGCCAGUUUAAGAUUCCAGUGGCGUGAAACAGAGAGAAUUUCAGCUCAUAGAAAAAAAUUUAUGAUUGAAAGUAGCUUCAGUGGCAAGAAACACACCUUCAUUACAGAUACAGCAAAGACAUGUAAAUAUCUACUGGACCUCUGCUCUGCCCAGCACAAAUUCAAUGCACAGAUGAAUUCUAGGCAACUUCGGCAAACUUCAUCAGAGGAUAGUAAAUUUAUGGAAAUAGACAAAUCAAAUUCUGCAUAUGCAGCUCAGCGUGAACACCUUGCCCUGAUUCAGAGACUGUCUCGUUCAGAGAAUGUGCUCUAUGGAGCAAACCUGGAAAACCUUUCUGCUGGGAUGAUGAGCAAAUCUUGUGAUAACCUCAGUGUGGAAACCAACAACAGGAUUAGAGACAAAAGCAAUCUUGGCAGAUCCACAUCAGGGCUAUCCCAGUCAGAAAUGCACAUCAAUUUGAAUGGAAAGCAACGGAGUUAUGACUACCUCUCUAUCCAUUCAACUCAGAACACAAUCAGUGCACCUGGAUCACCAGCCAUCCAAAAGGAAGUUUUGCUAAGUGGUCUAGAAAGAGAAAUUAUUUGCGUUAGCCUAAAACGUGACACUAAGAAUGGAUUUGGUUUUGUAAUUAUUGGAGGAGAAAAUGUAGGAAAAUUAGACCUUGGUAUCUUUAUCGCUUCAAUUAUCCCUGGGGGACCUGCAGACAGAGCUGGAAAUAUCAAACCAGGAGGACGACUCAUCUCUGUGAAUAAUAUUAGUCUCGAGGGUGUUUCAUUUAAUACUGCAGUUAAAAUCAUACAGAAUUCUCCUGAUGAAGUGGAGCUCAUCAUCUCUCAACCCAAAGACAUGUAUGAAGACGGAUUAAAUGAAGAAAAGAAUCUAUCAAGAGGAAACAGCACUAGUGGAUCUGAGAUCUCUUGUGUGGACAGUGGGAGAAAAAAGAUUCAGGAUUGUCAUACAGCUCUCCCCAAAGAACAGGACAUAAAUAUAGAUGAGCUUGAGAAGGCUCUUUCCUGGAGUUUAGCACCAAAACUGGGCCCUAGGAUUCCAGUUCCUGCAGCUGGUAGCUUGGAUGUGGAGGAAGCUGAUUCUUCACACUUACCAUCUCCACCUGAAACCAACUCAAAGGAAAUCUAUACUGUGGAGCUUGUUAAAGAAGACGGGACUUUUGGAAUAAGUGUGACUGGUGGAAUUAACACCAGUGUACGUCACGGCGGGAUAUACGUGAAGUCAAUUAUUCCCAGGGGACCAGCAGAUAAGGACGGGCAAAUAAAGAUAGGUGAUCGUCUGCUGGAAGUAGAUGGCAUCAGUCUCUGUGGCAUCACCCACAAACAGGCUGUGGAACACCUUAAGAAAUCUGGCCAGAUUGCUAAGCUGGUUCUAGAAAGGGGAAACUACCAAUUGGCAGAGCCAUGCGUGACUGCUAACAGAAAGGAGGACCAAUGUGCAGUUGUUUCUGUGGCAACAUCCUUCACAGAUGGUACCAAGGACUGCUGUGUUUUGACAGAUGAUAAUACAUUUGAAGUCAAAUUGACAAAGAAUUCUGGAGGACUUGGCUUUAGUGUUCUGCAAACAGAAGGAGAUGCUUGUGAACACCUCGGAGGAACUAUUGUCAGGAUCAAGAGACUCUUUCCAGGGCAGCCAGCUGAAGAGAAUGGUGAAAUUGAAGUCGGAGACAUCAUUUUAGCUGUGAAUGGGAAGCCUGUUCAAGGACUCUUGUAUCAGGAUGUUCUGCACUUGUUGAGAGGAGCUCCUCCAGAAGUCACACUGCUGCUUUGCAGACCACCAAAAGGCGUUCUUCCAGAAAUAGAGCAGAGUGCCCUGACUCCAGCUCCAUCUCCAAUUAAGGAGUUUGUGGCAGAAAUUCCAGGCAGUACAGAGGUAGGAAAGAGUAUGGAUCAGUCUACCAGUGAUGGAGGUAGCACUUCUCCAGAUCUUGAAGACUGCCUGGAUUCUCCAGUGGCAGCAGAUUUCAGUGAGCCUCCUGAAGAGGACAGCUCAACAUAUGAAGAGCAGGAAGCUGAGUUUCAGGAGAAGCCCAUACAGAAACUUAUGACUUCCAGGGAAAGUUUCUAUAAGUAUCUUUGGAAGUUUCAUCAAGAAGCUGCCAGCUCUGAGGUCUUCCAUUCCCUAGAGGAAGAAGUGAAGCAGAAGUGCUACUCACCAUGUGAAUUUGGAUGGGCCAAAAGCCACAUAUUUAAUAAGCGUGAUGAUGACCUAUCGAACACAAAAUGUAUGCCUGAAACUCUCUCUCUAACCCCUAUUGAUGAAGAGUAUCUCACUAUCAGCUCAACGUCUGUGACUUCACUUUCACGGGGAGGAAGCUCCGAGACACUCUCCUCAACCAUGGUGACCCCACAGCCACGUGUUUGUGGUCCUUUCUCCUCAUCCCUGCCCGCUAGAGAGACACAUGACAGUGACAAGGAAUGGGAAGACUUGGACGAACUAGAGGAAGAGAAGGAAGAAAAGGAAGAUUGUACUAGGGAAAUGGAGAUCUUUGUGACUUUGACAAAGUACGGGAACAAUGGUUAUGGAUUCUCUGUAGUUUUUAACAAAGUGGACAACUGCCUGUAUGUUGAUGAAAUCUUGAAUGACCCUGCACUGUCUGAUGGAAGACUAAGAAGGGGAGACAGAAUCAUUAUGGUGAAUGGAAUUGAUGUCACAUCUUUGCCGUGCAAUGAGGUCCUGACUUUACUGCAAAGCUCUCCUCCUGAUCUGCACCUUGUGGUUGGUCGUGCUGACAGUGAUCCGUGUCCCUCUAUUAGGCCAGAUGAGAUUCCUGAAAUUACUCUCACAAAAGGUGCCAAUGGACAACUAGGCUUGAAGCUGACAGGAGGAGCUGGAAGCAAGUUACAAGGUAUUUAUGUGCUAGAGAUAGUGCCUGGCUCUCCUGCCAGUGUGGAAGGCAGUUUGCAGCCACGAGAUCAGAUUGUUUACAUCUGUGGACUGUGGACUGAGGGCAUUAGCCUGGAUGAUGCAGUGAGAGUGUGUGAAGCUGCCACCCAGAAUGUCCAAAUCAAAGCCACAAGAAAUGGCAAUCCAGUGGUUCCUAUAGAGCAGGAAAAUAAGAAACAUUUGGAGGAAACAAACUGUGGUGCUCAGGAAAACACUCCUGAUUUUCCAGAAUGUAAGGACUUCAUUAUUAAGAUUGAACUGGAAAAAGCAGAAAAUGGAAGCCUAGGAUUCGCACUAGUAGGUGGAAGAAAUGGCAGGGCUAUCCUAAUAAAAGCCAUCAGCCCGGACAGCAUUGCAGACCUAGAUGGAAGGCUUCAAGUUGGUGACAUCCUACUUAAGGUGAAUGAGACUUUUGUGUCUGGUCUGCCACGGCAAACAGUUAUAGAUCUGCUGCGCAAGGCUCAAGGCACUGUUCAACUCACUGUCUGUCGAAGCAUGGCUUUGCAUUGGACUUACUCAGGCAAUCAGAGCAACCAUAUACCUCCCUCCCAGAACACAGAAGCAAAGCCUGAUAACGCUGAGGGAAGCCUGAAAGCUCAGUCUGUUUUCACUUUCAAGGAAGAAGAAGAAUCCAACCUGAUGUGCAAGGAUCCAGAGAGUACACACAAUUCCCCUCUGCAAGGUCAGCCGGCUGGACAAGGCUAUAAGGACAUCAUCAGUAACAUUUCAGAUAGGUCACAGGAAUAUCCAGAAUGUGAAGGCUGCAGAAGAGAGAGUCAGCAGUCUGAGUCAGGCAACUGGAACAAUGAGGAUGAUGAUACGCUUCACAGGAUUUCCAUUCUACCUAGAAGUAACCAUGCAAAAACUUCUCUUGUUUAUGUAACAUUACAGGGCAGCUCCUCCACAUAUGUAUAG